AAUUAAUUCAUAUGUCUUUUUUCCUUUUCUUUAGGUUCUGAUUCAGAGGCUCUCCUUUACUAUAUAAUUGGAACAUAUCCGAUCAGAAAGCCACAGUGCUCCUAUCCCAUUCCACUCGUCAAUCGUGACCGUGACGAACCACUCACCUUCCGUCUACCUGCUACCUACACUCAACCUGCGAAACACAUCCACCGCAAUGGCCGACGACAAACCCAAUUGCAAAGUUGUCCUCGCCAACAACAUCGCAAAAGGUCUCCUCGAAGAGGUCCACGAGGGUCUGAAAAAGAUCAAUCGGAAACCCCUCCUCGUUGGCUUCCUCUCCUCCGCCGAUCCCGCCGCGCGCGUCUAUGCAGAAUGGACGGGCAAGACUUGCAAUGAAAAUGGCUUUGCCUUCGAGCUCCGCGAAGUUGACCGCGAUGCCCUGGAAGACGCCCUCAUCGACGCGAACAACGACGCCUCGGUCGACGGCAUAAUAGUUUACUACCCAAUCUUCAACAACCGCCAGGACCAAUACCUGCAACAGAUUGUGUCCAUCGACAAGGACGUUGAGGGCCUCUCUCAUCAGUACAUCUUCAACAUGUACCAGAACGUCCGAUUCCUUGACCCGGCCAGCACCAAGAAAUCCAUCCUGCCGUGCACACCGCUCGCUGUUAUCAAGAUCCUCGAGUAUUUGAGGAUUUACAAUACAAUUCUGCCGUAUGGAAAUAGGCUCCAUGGCAGGACGAUCACAGUGAUCAAUAGGAGUGAAGUCGUAGGAAGGCCGCUUGCAGCGCUGCUUGCCAAUGACGGAGCUUGCGUCUAUAGCGUUGAUGUCAAUGAUGUUCAGCAGUUCCAUCGUGGUGAGGGUUUGCGUAAGAGACGCCACGAGGUGGAGGAGAAGCCCGGAUGGACACUGGAGAACGCCUUGCCCCUGAGCGAUGUGGUCAUUAGUGGUGUGCCAGGAGAUAAGUACAAGGUCCCGUUGCAUCUUUUGAGACCAGGUGCCGUGUGUAUCAACUUCUCGAGCGAGAGGAACUUCAGCCCCGAGGUCAAGGAGAAGGCUAGUAUCUAUGUGCCCGCCAUCGGCAAGGUGACCAUCGUCGUUCUGCUGAGAAAUUUGUUGCGAAUCGUUCAGAAUAAGCUCGAGGCGGAAGCUCAAUCUGCUAAGCAAACCGAGGAGGCUGCUGUUCCGCAGAUUGCCUCUUGAAAAGCAAUUACCUCCAAUUCAUUAUGUACCCAAACGUGACUUUGAUACCCUUAGAUAGAAGAAAAGAAUUUGCUUUGAGAUAAGAUGAAAAAAGGCUAUAGCCGCGAUAGGGUUGAGGACAAUGUUACUUCACAAGACAUACUUUGUGCUAGCCAUUCAACAUAGUGUCAUGGAGAGGUUGAUUUACGUCUCGAAUGCAACACGAUCAUCUAUUCACAACGUUAAAGCAAGGAUCCACUUCAAUUGAAGGACGUAUUGGAUAUAUUGCGGGAUACUGCGAAAUAAGGGCGUUGGGAAAUCGACAGAGGGGCCCGCUCAUGGAAAGAAAAACGAACCCUGAGAAUAUUGCUAGACGCCUGCGAUGAGUCCAUCCAACAAUGAACCUAGCAGCAAUAAGGGCACAGGAAGUAAAGUGAAGCCUGUGCAACUUCAACGGGCAUUCCAUGUAAAUGCU